AUGGAAUCUAAGGCCAGGGCAAAUAAUGUGACUGAGUUUAUCAUCGUCGGCCUUUUCCGGGACCCACAGGUGCAGAGAGUGUGCUUUGCGCUGUUUCUUCCUGUGUACCUGGCCACGGUGCUGGGCAACGGCCUCAUCGUGCUGACCAUCAGCACCAGUAAAAGUCUGAGUUCUCCCAUGUACUUCUUCCUUUACUAUCUGUCCCUGGUGGAGAUAAGUUACUCUUCUACUGUUGCCCCUAAAUUCAUCUCAGACUUACUUGCUAAGAUUAAAACCAUCUCCUUGAAGGGCUGUAUGACUCAGCUAUUCUUCUUCCACUUCCUUGGCGUUACUGAGAUCUUCCUGCUCACAGUGAUGGCCUAUGACCGCUACGUGGCCAUCUGCAAGCCCCUUCAUUACACAACCAUCAUGAGCCGGUCUGUGUGUCAUCUUCUGGUGGCUGGCUCCUGGCUCGGGGGGUUAGUUCACUCCAUGGUUCAGAUUUUUAUUACCGUCCAGAUGCCCUUCUGUGGUCCCAAUGUGAUUGACCACUACUUCUGUGACCUCCACCCCUUAUUCAAGCUUGCUUGCACGGACACCUCUGUGCAGGGGGUUGUUGUAUUGGCCAAUAGUGGGCUGUUUUCUGUCUUCUCCUUCCUUUUCUUGGUGUCCUCCUAUAUCGUCAUUCUGGUCCAUCUGAGGAACCAUUCUGCAGAAGGGCGACGCAAAGCCCUAUCCACCUGCACUUCUCACAUCACAGUGGUCCUCUUGUUCUUUGGUCCUGCCAUCUUCCUCUACCUGCGGCCAUCCUCCACCUUCACUGAGGACAAGCUGGUGGCCGUGUUCUAUACGGUCAUCACUCCCAUGCUGAACCCCAUCAUCUACACACUCAGAAACAAAGAGGUGAAAAUCGCCAUGAGGAAGUUGUGGGCCAAAAAGACCUCAGGAAUGGACUGA